AUGAAUUGGCACGAACCAUCUUGUCUGGAGCAUGCAAAUGAAGAGUUAGAGAGAGAACAACUCACGGGCUCCCGAGAGCAAAAUGGAGAACGAGGAGAAAUGCGAGCAGAAGCUGGAGAAGGAGUAAUGCAAGAAGAGGUGAUGGCCAAUAAUGUUCAAGCUCGUUGCAUAGAUGAUCUGGAAUAUGAUCAAGUAAUGAACAUGACAUUUGACUCAGUGGAAGAUGCAGAGCUUUUCUAUUUCGUGUAUGCUAGAGCAAUGGGUUUUGGCAUAAGAAGAAGUGAUCGAAAAUAUUAUGAUGAUGGGAAGACACGUUAUAGAAAAUGGCUAUGCUGUAGGGAGGGUGAACGUGAAGAGAGAUGGAAAACAAUGGAAAAUCGAAUGAGAGAAGCAAAAGUUGUGACUAGGGUGAAAUGCAAAGCUUGCUUUCGAAUCAAGUAUGAUCUGCCAAGCAGCAAAUUUAUAGUCACUGAAUUUUUAAGGGAGCACAAUCAUACAUUGGCAACGCCCUCAACUGCCAUUUUUCUAAGAGCACAUAGAAAUGUUUCUGAUGCAGACUAUGCUCAUGCAUAUGCAUUGCGAAGGGUCGGGACAAGAACAAGCCAGAUUAUGAAGCUCUUUGCACUGGAGGCAGGUGGCUAUGACAAAGUCAAUUUUCAGAAUAAAGAUCUGUAUAAUAAAAUAGAAAGGGAGCGCAAGAAUGAGAUUAUACAUGGUGAUGCUGAGGGUGCAAUCGCAUAUCUACAAGGAAAAAAGGACUUGGAUAAUGACUUCUGUUACAAGUAUCAUACAGAUUCAGAAAAUAGACUAAUGCGUCUCUUCUGGGCAGAUUCACAGUCCUUAUACGAUUACAAAUGCUUUGGUGAGGUCCUAGUUUUUGAUUCUACGUAUAAGACGAAUGACUACAACCAGCCAUUGGUGGUGUUAUGUGGAGUAAAUAAUCAUUUCUCAACAUGUAUAUUUGCGUGUUGUUUAGUAUCCAAUGAAGAUGAGGAAGCAUUUGACUGGGUCCUUCAAACAUUAGUCGAUGCAAAUGGUGGGAAAAAGCCAAUUUCUAUUAUAACAGAUGGAGACCCAGCUAUGAAAAAAGCCAUCAAGAAUAUAAUACCUGAGGCAAGGCAUAGGCUCUGUUCCUGGCAUCUUCAACGAAAUGCAAAGUACAAUGCAAACAAAGCUUUCAUGAAGCGUUUCUCCUCGUGUAUGCAUAAUAAUUGGUCCCCUCAAAGAUUUGAGCGCGAAUGGGAAAAAGCUGUUAUUGAGUGUGGCAUCCAAGAUAGUGAGUGGGUGAAAUCAGUUUACAAAAAACGUGAUAAAUGGGCCACGGCAUAUCUUCGCGAUCAUUUCUUUGCAGGCAUGAAAAGUACACAGAGAUGUGAGAAAAUGAAUGACGUUUUAAAGAUUCAUUUGACAGGGGAGCUGAAAUUGUUUGAGUUCAUGCGGGCAUUCGAUUUGGGAGUUGCUGCUAUACGGCACGAAGAAAAUAGGCUAAUUGCCGAGACCGAACAAACAAGCCUUCUUCCAACCACUGAUAUGCCUUGGAUAGAGGAGCAUGCAGCAGAAAUAUAUACUAGAAAUAUAUUUUUGAUGGUCCGAAAUGCUAUUAAAGGUCAAGGCAUGUAUAAUAGAUCUGACCUCAUUGAUGAUGGGGUACACAAAAUACAUUUUGUUGAGCACUCACGGGAGAAUGGCAGGUUCAGGGUCCAGCAAACCAUUCUAGGUGGAAUGCUUGCAUGCUCUUGUAUGAUGUUUGAAACCCUUGGCCUUCCAUGCACACAUAUGUUUAGAAUUAUGCUACUUGAAGGGAUAGAAAGAAUCCCUGAUUUCCUCAUAAUGAAGAGAUGGACACGAAAGGCAAGGGAAGAAUUUCAUCGAGGGGCUACAGUAGUGCAAAAUGUAGCAGAUGAUGUGACUGAGCUUGCUAGGUAUGGGAGAUUGAUGGCUGGUUGCAAGCCAAUGUGUCUCUAUGCCUCCAAGACGGAUGUCGGAUAUGAACGCAUACUGAGCAUUAUUGAACGAGAAACACCUGAAGUGAGAAAAUUGAGUGAAAACAGAAGGCCUGCCGAACCUACAUUACGUCAACCCCAACGUAACUAUGGAGUUAAAGACCCAGAACGAGCAAGAUCAAAAGGCAGCCAAAGACAAGAACCUAGGAGAAGGUCAACUGGUAUUCAGUGUGGAAAAUGUGGGAAACGUGAUGGCCAUAACAAAAGGACGUGUCCUUUGAACACCAGCAAUUUAGAUGAUAACUGCUCUUAUGAGGAAACAGACGAGCUUGGUAGUGAUGAACAAUUUGAUGAAGUGCACUACCAACGAGCAGCAUUUGGAGGAAGCAGCAGCAGUAAGCAAACAAGUUUCAAUGAUAUAUCCAGACUGCAAGCUUGUGGUGGAGUCGUUCACACAACUGAUUACAAUCAAUCAUUAAUGGGUAGCUGGUCUAUGCAGCUAUCCACUCAUAUGUCUACUUCUACAGAUGGUGGCAGGAUGAAUGUCGAAAUGCAGCCAAUGACUUGUGAUUUUAGCUCAGAAACACCAACUUUCUGUGAUGCUGGUAGUCAUUCCCUCAUUCCACGGUUUUCAUCUAAGGCGAGUAGCAGUACUGGAAUUCCUUAUGCAUGGAGCUCUGACAGUGGUUAUGAUUUUGAAGGCACCUCGAAUGAUACUUACGGUGUUUACGGCUCCAUAACCACUGCCAGAGAAUGUGUUGUGAAAGCUGGAGCAGAUAAGGUGUUUACUGUGUUUACGGUGGUUAUGCAUGGAGUAGAUAUGUUGUGA